GGGUUCGUGUGAAGGGGAACGAUUUGUAUUUCAUUUCACGCAUUUCGUCGUCACGGUAACGUAGAAUCUGAUGCGCGCGCAUUAGAUCUUGUCUGAUAUUUUCACUGCUGCCAACUGGAAGAGAAAAAGUGAAACUUUCAUUACUCUUAUGGCAGCCAUCACCCCGAGUAACGCCAAUGCCAUAACUGGCAAUGGUGAUGCCGUUCCUUCGAAACCACUGACCAUUGGCCCUCUAGAUGCCAAUGUUUACGCUACCAAAAAGACUAUUGCUCAAGGUCUCUUGGACGUGGCACUGUUAACUGCCAAUGCGUCCCAGCUAAAAUAUCUGUUACAAGCUGGAAAAGAACAUGAAUUUUACUAUGUUAUGAUGACUCUAAUUAGUUUGUCGAUAAUAUUACAGAUGUGCCUUGGAUCUGUCCUCAUCCUCAAAGGCCGAUGCGACAUCAAUGAUGCUGGUCAGCAAGGCAGAGCUGACAGACUCAAUAAUGCAUCGUUGUGGAUCGUCUAUGCAUCAACAGUUAUCCAUGCUUUCUUAUCUGUAUUUCACAUAGCUCCCGAGGAACAGAAACCCUUUGCGAGCUAUACAGCAUUUAGAACUAAUGCAUCCAUUCCAACUCCAGAUAGUGACUACUAACAGAUCGGUUCUCGUGUUAAAUUUAGGGUACCGAAAAAUUCACAGAACCUAAUGUGCCUUCUCGUUUUUAUGACUUUUACCUGACCUUACAAUGAAGCGUCUCUCAAACAUCUGGUGCCUGAAAUACUAAAGAUUCUCUCAAACGAUGUGCCUGAAAUACUAAAGAUUCAUAAACUCAUAAUUAAAUGAGUGGCAACUCUUUUUUCUAUAACUGAAAAUGUUAUAUUUUCAAUAGGAAAAUGAAGAAAAUCAUCUUGAUUCAAAUAACUCGUUUCUGAUUGCAUUGCAUAAACAUUACUGCUAUUAUUCUGUAAGAAACUAAUAAUAAGCAUAAAAUAUAGGUGUUCACAUAAAGAGGGAUUGUCUACUAAAUGUCUAGUCAUGGAUUGAAUUCAACUCCAUAUUAAAGCCAAUCCAAAUCAAAGUGUAUUUAAAUAUUAAUAUUACGAACACUUUCUCGGAAGGAACUAUGAUUAUUAAACACUUUUUAUUAAUAGUAGUUAGCACUAAAGUACAAUUUAUAUGUAUGCAAAUACUUUGUGGUAAUAUUAUAAAAAAUAUCAUUGAAUAUAUGAAUGUGUUCAGUGUCAAAAGUGUGUUGUUAACUGGAAGAGCACCCAUAAUAAUAAAAAUAAAAGCACAAAAAAUACUUAUAAGUAAUAAGAAUUAGAUGGGUAUUAUCAUUUAAGAUGUAGAUGGAUUUGUUUUGAGUGUAAAUACAUUCAACUUAAGCAAAAUGUUUCUUAAAAUAGUAAUUUUAAAUUCAAAAUUAAAGAAGAAUUGAAUCACGUGAUUGGCUUCGAAUUCCUCAGGUCAUUUUGCAUCGAAAUAACAUUUACAAAUAUUAUUUUUCCCGUUUAGUCUUUUUUUUUCUUUAAUAAAGCGAUUUUUUUGGAAAAUGUGUUUUCGUUUUGGUUUUGGCAAUUGUAAUCCACAUAUACCAUUUUAUUUUAAGUUUCUACACAUUCAACAGCCAUUUUUACUGUUCAAUAAUUGUUCUUCUCCUGACUUUAAUUAAUGCGAAACGCAGAUAAAAAUUAGAUCUUUUUAGAGCGUUGCUGAGUCCCAAAUUUAUGCAUAUUUAUUUAUCAUGCGUAAAGCUUUAAUAAGAAUAAAGUGAAUAAGAAUAAAUAAGAAUAAAGUGCAUUAUGAAAAGAAAGCUAAUCAAAUUUUAUGUCUCACCACUUCUGGUCCUCCCAGUAUCAAUACAUUCUAUUCUUAUUUUAUUACAACUUCUAAUUUUGCCUGUUUAACUCUGUGCUUCACGUGUACGUCCUAAAUUAUUUUCUAGCUUUCUUAGCUUCUAAGUCACAAUUUUUCGUUGUUAGAAAUGUAUAUAAUUUUUAUAUCAUGGCUUGUUAACAAAAUUAAAAAAACUCACUUAUAUAUUCAAGCACUUUCAUUAAUUGCAUUUGAAUAUCAUAUUUAUUGUAUGAAAAUGAUGCGUAUAGUUUUAUCUAGUACACUUUUUUCUUUCUUGCAACUGAAAUAUUUUGGAAAUAACUACAAACUGUUAAAAAAUGACAUUUUUAAGCUAAGAUGAAAUAUGACCGCAAAAAUAUUUUAAGACCAGUUAGUAAAAUAAAUUAUAUA